AACAAAUGCCAGAUAGGAGUUGAAUCUGUAGAAUUCUUGGGUUACCGGAUAGAUAAGGAAGGCAUCCACCCAACUGAGAGCAAAGUGCGAGCCAUUAGAAAGGCUCCAACCCCAAAAAACAAAACAGAAUUACAAGCAUUUUUGGGGCUUGUAAACUUCUAUGCGGUAUUUUUAAAAAAUAAGGCAACGGUAGCCGAACCGCUACAUAAACUACUAGCGAAAAAAGCUGUUUGGACUUGGGGCAGGGUUGAGGCUAAGGCAUUUGAAGGCGUUAAGAAUCUCUUGUCCAGCGAUAGCCUUCUAAUUCAGUACAAUGGGACAUUGCCACUAGUACUAGUUUGUGAUGCAUUACCGUACGGGGUAGGGGCUGUCCUCAGCCACAGGUUACCGAACGGUUCAGAAGCCCCUAUCGCAUAUUUUUCCUGCACGAUGUCCGCAGCGGAAAGGAACUAUAGCCAACUGGACCGGGAAGCCCUGGCUACAGUUUCUGGGGUUAAAAAAUUCCACGAGUACCUGUUUGGGCGGCAAUUUGAAAUAGUCACAGACCACAGACUGUUAUUGGGACUCUUGGCGGGGGACCGUCCAACAGCAUUAUCACCCAGGCUGACCCAUUGGACUAUUUUCCUGGCAGCAUAUUCGUACAAACUGUCUCACCGACCGGGCAAGGACUUGGGACAUGCGGACGCUUUAAGUAGAUGCCCGUUGCCAGAGACUAUUGAAGACCCAACCCCAGGGACGCCCGUCUUGUUAAUUGACUUUUUGGACUCUGGCCCAGUCACAUCUACGGAAGUGACUAGGGCAUCUUACAAAGACAUUGCCGUAAGAACCGUGAUCGGUUGGGUGCAGAGGGGAUGGCCCGCUGCACCGGGGGAUCAUUUCAAACAGUUUACAAAAAAGCGUUCGGAACUGUCGGUACAAGGGGGUUGUCUGUUAUGGGGGGAUAGAGUGGUUAUUCCAGACAAAUUACGAGGGCAUGUGUUGGAAUUAUUGCAUGUGGGCCACCCGGGGAUUGUGAGGAUGAAAAGCCUAGCGAGAAGUUACGUGUGGUGGCCACAAAUGGAUAAAGACAUUAGCGACCGGGUAGGGAAAUGCCAAGCAUGUCAAGAAUCAAGGCCACUACCCCCAACAGCCCCCAUAAGGGAUUGGGAGAAACCCCAGGGUCCUUGGUCCAGGAUCCACAUAGAUUUUGCCGGGCCAUUCCAUGGGCAAACCUUCUUAAUUGUGGUAGAUGCCUACUCGAAGUGGUUAGAAAUUUUACUCAUGAAAACCACAACAGCGGAAGCUGUAAUCACAGUCUUGAGGCAUCUAUUUGUGACACACGGGUUGCCCAACACUCUAGUGUCCGAUAACGGCCCACAGUUCACGGCCACCCAGUUUGAGGGGUACUUGGCAGAAGAGGGCAUCCGACAUGUCCUCUCGGCACCUUUCCACCCGGCAACGAAUGGACUUGCAGAACGCUUCGUACACAGUGCCAAGGAAGCGCUAUCUAGAAUUAGCCCAGGAGAUUGGCAAUCCAAAAUUGAUACCUUCCUGGCAGUCCAACAUAGAACCCCCUGUGUGACCACCGGCCGCAGCCCAGCAGAGUUAUUAAUGGGUAGAAGACUCCGGUGCCCCCUAGAUCGGUUAAACCCAACAUACUCCCCUGAUGGGUACCAAAGCAUAAAGGGAAGAACCAGAACAAUGACAACAGGUGACCCGGUAUGGGCACAUAACUAUAGUGAGGGCCCAGCGUGGCUAAAGGGAACAAUUGUAGGAGUGACGGGCCCAAAGUCAUACAUAGUGGACAUGGGGGACGGCCGAGUGUGGAGACGCCACAUAGAUCAAUUACGAAAAAGAAUACAAAACAAUCCAGAAACCAAACAGCCAGACCCUGACUACACAAUAUUUGAACCAACAGCUAACUCAACCCCAAGGCGAUCGGAGGACUUAGCUGAGUCUGAAGAAGUCCAGCGACGCCAACCGGCUCCUCCGGAGGACAGCAGGGACGACUCUGCCAAUAAUCCAGGGCCGGAUGGCUCAGAGGAGGAGCUGGGAGGAACAAACAGUCCCUCCGACCAGCUCGACUCACGAAUGGGAAAGAUCAAUAAUAGGAUAUGGCUUCCAGCAUUCUACAACUUGCUUCUUCCUGAAAGCAAUAGGAGCAAUUGA